AUGCAUUGGGCCAUUGCAGAGGCCAAGCGAGAACAACUUCGUGAGUGGCUUGCGAAGUCCGGCCGAAAGACAGACAUCAGCCUUGCCCAUGAUGCCCGAGACAAAAUCGUUGCAGUGCGCUUUACGGCGGUGAACGAGAAGCUGGAGCGCAAACGCGGCCUGCUGGGUGCGUUAGAGACGCAUGGCGGUGCUGAGAAAUACAGCGAGGCUAUCCUGGACUGUGUGAAGCAAUUCUUCAGCCGUGGGACAGGCGCCCUGGACGCCCGAGGCGUCCUGGAUGAGGCUUCAGUUGCAGACUUCAAAGCGUGUGUGACGUGCGUCACCGCGGACGGCGCACCGUACGCACAGAAGGCCUGCAGACUGCUGUCCAGCUCGGGCCUCUCGAAUUUACGUGCCAUCAUACGCGACCGAGGACAUGCCAUUGUGGGAUCCUUGAAGAAUGCUGUCGAUUGUGACCAGGAGAUUAGGAACUUCAAAGAGGACUUCGUGUCUGGGCCAUCCUCCGUCGCAAAGCACAUCUCGUUCAAUGCAUCGUUUCGCGAGCGUUUCGAGAUUGCUUGUAAGGCACAGCAAGAGACGAGCUCGGAUCCGAUUCCUGUCAUGCUUAGCUUGCGGUACGGCAAGGCACGGUUUCAGUCUCAGGUGGAUCCCGAACGACGCCUCCUGUUGCAUCUUUUGGGGACUUGCACGGCACUGUCCAAACACGCGGAGCAGGCGACGACGGCCGAGGAACGACUUUGGGCGGCAAAGCGUUUGAGGCAACUGACGUUCGAGCGGGUCGCGCUGAUGGCCUGUGUGGCAGACGCCGAGGAGAUGACCUUGACAUUUUGCAGGCAGGUGGAAGCGGAGUCCAGCGACCCGAGCCUUGCGAGAUCAUGGACCAGGCGCAUUCUGGACCAGAUGAAGGUGAAGACCAUUUUGGCAGGUGUCCGAGCAGAAUUCCCCGCCCAAGAGCUCAUGCUGAGGCUGGAGUCGCUGUCGCUGGCCAUGUGGUAUUCGGUCGAGAAGAACUUCGGCCCGACGUCUGCUUGCAAUAAUGCUCGGAAAGAGAGGGUUGCCCAGCUGGAACAAAAGUUCCGCAAGCUGGCGUCAUGCCUGCACUUGCCGCCCGAGGAGGCGUGGCUGCAGUUCACCCACAUCAAGGACAUACUUGCUGCUAUUAAGGACUCGCUCUUGCAUGCCUGGGGUAAGCUGGGGAACAACCUGGAGGCCUGGGCCAAAGUGCUCGCGCGGCACCAAGCCGCCCGAGGUCACACCCGUGUGGAUCACCUGUUGAUUAUGAUUCGCUUUUACGCCGCCAGCCUCGCCUCCACACAGGGCGUUGAGAGUCAGUUCUCUGAAGCAGAGCGUCAGAGUGCAAAGCGCGUCGCCCAGCAAUCCCUCUUGCGUCUUCGCGACCGACUUCAAAUCUCGGAGAUGGAAGAGUCCGAGCUUGUGAGCAACGGAGUGCCACAGCCUCUUCUAAAACUGGCCAAAAGUCUCUAUGUCGAGUAUUUUGGGCAGCCUCGUGGUCCUUACGGCGACAAACAGCUGGGGACCUUGGCCCGAGGAGUUAGACGCAAAUGCAAGAAGAGAUCCGAGGCAACGUUGAUCAAGGAGCAGAGACUUGCCACCAGAAGGUUGUCCGAGAAAGACACAGCAUCGGGCAGUAUGUUUGGCACCAGCAUCCCUGCCGAGGCGAAAGAGUCAUGUUGGAGUGAAUGUCACACCAAGCUGCACAGAGCCUUGGCCGAGAAACAGGCAGCCAAGGUGGCGGAAGCGGCCGAGACACGUGGACAAGGACUCCGCCCCAAAACAACAGCCGCUUUGAAGACGAAGCUCCAGAGAGGCCAACGUGGAAGAGUCACGGCUCGACAGCGGCGCCUGCUGGAGAAGUUAAGCCAGCCCAGCAAAAAGCCCGGCCUCGAGAAUGCAAGGGUCUAUGUCCUGCCGAAAGCCAAAGCGAACACGGAACUGGGCCCGCGACAAGUUUUGGUUGACAAGGUUGCCCUGGCCGACUUGGUGGUGGUAGACAAUCUAAACACUCCGAGCUGGCAAACGGCCGAGGCCAUGUUGCGGGGCAAGACAAUCUGCGAAG